UGUCUCGACUAGAUUGUUUUCUUGCUUUGUUCCAGGACAGAAUACCAAUGGAUAUGGCUGGCUUUGGGGUGAUUGUUCUGGAAGUUUUCUAGAAUGUUCAAAGAGAACCGCUUGGACACAGUUCCCACGAGCAAAAACAAAGCAGUGGCAACUACAACGAACGGGAUACCGGGGCCUAAGUAUUCCUGGGUUGCUUUUGCAACCGACCCGGCAAGUAAGCCACAAAAGCACUGGUUUGGAGAUGUUCGAUAUUUUCCCGACCCAACGUUGAUCCCGCAGCAAGAGAGGGCGGAUGUACGGUGGAUGUACAGACUACGUGCAUGUCUAGUGUCCACCUGUCUGCUCACUGCUACGUAUUGUCCUGUCGCCAGCAUCGAUGGUCUGGACUCUGUACUCAGCCUUUGUGACUGACACAGCAAAGUGAGGGAACUCAAGCAACGACCAGAAAAGGUUCAAACGGCUUUGAGGUUGUGUAACAGCCGCAGCGACUGCGGGAUUGCAAACUGGCCGUGUCCACUGCCGUGUUGACUGCGUCUACACUUGACUGUGUCUGCACAUCCACUACACACGAUCGGCGAGUGGUGAUUCUGCUGGUG